UUAUACUUUUGUGGAUUCAUAAUUGGCUCAAUAGCUAUAGGAUAUAAUGUCAAUGUUACUGCACCUACUAGACCUCCAAUUAAUGCUGCAUAUCGCCAUCCAGUCCAUGUUGGUUUUGCUGCUUUCUUCCUUAAUUUCUGGAAUUCGUCAGCAUUCAUUUUACUCAUUUUUGUGCUGUAUACUUUUUGCGUCACUGCCAUUGUUUUUCGCAUCAUUGAUGCAGAGCAUUGAAUGUUUCAAUGUUUUUGUUUACAUCAGCAUUAAACGGAAAAAAUAUUUCGGAUAUUUCUAAAAAUUAAUUAAUUUCCUCACUUCCAGUCACAAUAUGAGAAACUGCUUUGUGCCAGGAUGUGACAGCUAUUGCAAGGCAAAAAAUUGUGCUCAAAGGAAGAUGUUCUUUGCUCCAAAAGAAAUGUUUGAAAAGUGGAAGGAAAAGCUAGCAAAUAAGCGCGAAUUUAAGAAGAAUGAUAGAGUUUGUGAACGUCACUUUGAAUCUAAUCAAAUUAUAGAGUACUGGGAGAAUAAAAUCAAUGGAAUUGUACACAAGACAAAACGAGAGAAGCCUAAAUUAGCACCAACGGCAAUUCCAACGCUUAAUAUACCAAACUGGAAUGACUUUAACUCACCGACAUUACAGAAAAGGCAGUUUGAUAAAGUGAAAAUAUUACAUGCACAAAUCAUCAAAAGAGUUGCACCUGAUGACUUGAAAAAAGAUCUAAAAUCACCAGUAAAAAAACUUAAGACUGAUAAUAACGAGAUAGUCCUAAAUACUCCACAGCAGGUUUCACCAACAAAGAGCAUCACCAAAUCAGAGCAAGUUGAUGAAGAUAAUUUAGAGCUUUUUGAGAAUCUCUACGACGAAGUUCAUGACGUCACUUUACCCAAUACACUAUACGGAAUUAACAGAUGUCCUGAACGUCAAUUUAUUGUGUUCAAUCAAUUUAAUUUUAAGAGUAUGGGAUUUAAAAAAUAUCUCUUUAUUGAUAGCUCUCUUAACUGUAAGGUUUAUAAUAAUGGCAGUGUAGAAACGACCAAAUUACUUAAAGAUAAUUGUAAUACCGAGUUCAUUAGCGAAUGGCUUGACAAAAUUGAUAAAAUGUGAGUUAUAAACCGCUAAUAUCUAGUUCCAAUAAUCAGCUUUGAAUAGAAUUAAAUCACAUUUAGAAUAAGAUGCAUUGUACAUAACUGACUAAAGUAUGCAUGAUAAUUAUCAAGACAUACUGGAUAGAAAAUAAAUUAUUUAUUGGAU